AUGUUGUUUCGCGAAUUUUUAUUAACGCUUGAUACGAUCUUGGUUUUAUCAAUUUUUAUUCAACCGCACAUUUAUGCUAUACUUUACAAAAGUUCGAACGUUCAUUUUAAUUGCUCAGGCUUAUUUCACCAAACUGUUUACGAGAGCUAUUUGCUUUCAGUAGGCGACGGACUUGUGUUAAGUUGCAAUGUGUGUUCCGAAUGCUUUGAAGGUAGCGAGACGUGCGAGCUUGGCGCUGUCAACAAUGGUUUGUUUGUUCAGAGGGUGGAAACAACUAGUACUCAAGGUCUUGAUGCCAGUAAUAUUAAUUUAUUUGUAGCACCAUAUCCCGCCUCUCUGGAACGUAUUCGUCUACGGUUACGUAAACGAAUUUGGCAAAACAUCUCUUUGCUUUUAAGUGCUCUUCCUAUGCUAUAUGAUGAUGGUCACUUGAAAGCAGAAGUUACCACAGAAGCUAACUUAAAAGCACGAAAUUUGUCAUCAUUGUAUUUUACGGUUACUAAGCCUGGUCAACCGACAAGCGUGAUAAAAACAAGUACCCAUCUUAGUGAAACUAUCCUCCGCAUAAAAAAUGCAAAAUCUGAGCACACAGGAAUCUACAGGUGUAUUUUCAAAGGAGAAGUAAUUAGAGCAUGGUCUGUAACUGUUUUAAAACCUGGAGAAGAACCAUUUCGAAACUUUUUUUCACAACUGAAAAUUAUCCAAGAAAAACCGGAACUAAUUUCAGGAAAUACAUCCAAUGGUGAUGAUGACUUAAGAUCCUUAGUUACACAAUAUUUGAUCAACAAUAACCUGAAGCUAUAUACAUACUGGAAUUCAUGGUCAGAGUGUGUGCCAUGCACCCCAAAAGAAAACUUUUCGUUUACUCAAAUUGGCAUGCAAAUAAGAAUUGGUAUUUGUCACGUCACACCCAUUGAUCGAUUUUACUCAAUCAGACCACAUAUGUUGGCUGUUGAAACUGAAGAAGUUCUAAAACUAUUCAGUGGACCAGGUUUGCCUUGCCGUUCUCACUUAAUUAGAAGUUCUAUGGUGAAAUACGGACCAAAAGAAGUUAAUUUGAGACCGAGUGAACUGAUGAUAAGAUCAUGUAUAAGGAAAUGUCCAGGUUUUAAAAAUAUUACUACAUCGUUCAAAUCACCUUUCAAUAAACUGUCACGUCUUCCUAAACGAAUCGCAAUACAAGUAAAUGAAGGUGAACCACUAAUAAUCACAUGUCCAAUAAGGGAUUCAGUAGAAAAACCAAUAACCUGGUUCUAUGCACCAGAUAAUUUCGAUGAGCUAAUGAAGUUAAUUAAAACUGCAUAUAAUUUCACUACUAUUAUUCAACAUAAAACACCAUUACGAUAUCUAAUUACUACAUUAAAACAAGUCAAUUUUACAACAUUAAUACGUGAAACACGUGGACGAUAUAGAAUUGAUCCAGCUUAUAAUAUUAUUGUGGCUGAGACUGUAUCAUUGAACAAAACACAUCAUAAAGAAUUACAUAAUUUAAUAUGCAUACAUGGUGAUGCGUACUCGAUUCCCAAUGGUUCGGAUAUUUAUCCUGAUUGGUCAGGUAUAAUUUAUAUAGAUGUUUUACCACAAAAUUCUUUAGAAAGAAUUUUAUCGAAGCUAACACCGGUUAUUCAAAUAAUGAUGCCGUUUGUUUUAGCACUAGGUAUAUUUUUUAUGAUUAUACUCACUUUGUAUACUGAAAGGCAACCAAAAAUGCGUUUAGCUGCCAAAGGUUUGGUAGUUAAAUAA